CUGGGCGAGGCCGCGCCUAUCCCGGCCACAUCGGUCCCCGCGGCGCACGGGAGUCUCUCAUGGCUGUGGCGUUGGCCCCAUGGGGGCGACAGUGGGAAGAGGCCCGCGCCUUUGACCGGACGGUGAAGCUGCUGCAGCGCCUGGAAGAGCAAUGCAGCGACCCCCGACUGUCCAUGAGUCCCCCUUCGCUUCGGGACCUGCUGCCUCGCACAGCGCAGCUGCUUCAGCAGGUGGCUCAAGCUCGUCGGGCUGCCGGCGGAGGCGACCCCGGGGAUCCCGGAGGCUCCGGGAACUUUCUAGUCAUCUACCUGGCCAAUCUGGAGGCCAAGAGCAGGCAGGUGGCCGAGCUGCUGCCGCCCCGGGGCCGAAGGAGCGCCAACGACGAACUCUUCCGGGAGGGAUCCAGACUCAGGCGCCAGCUGGCCAAGCUGGCCGUCAUCUUCAGCCACAUGCACGCAGAGCUGCGAGCGCUUUUCCCUGGGGGAUGUUACUGCGGUCAUGUGUACCAGCUCACCAAGGCCCCAGCCCACGUCUUCUGGAGGGAGCGCUGCGGAGCCCGGUGUGUGCUGCCCUGGGCUGAGUUUGAGUCGCUCCUGGGCACCUGCCACCCAGUGGAGCCAGGCUGCACGGCCCUGGCCCUGCGCACCACCAUCGACCUCACCUGCAGCGGGCACGUGUCCAUCUUCGAGUUCGACAUCUUCACCAGGCUAUUCCAGCCAUGGCCAACACUCCUCAAGAACUGGCAGCUCCUGGCAGUCAACCACCCAGGCUACAUGGCCUUCCUCACCUACGAUGAGGUCCAGGAGCGUCUGCAGGCCUACACGGACAGGCCAGGCAGCUAUAUCUUCCGGCCCAGCUGUACUCGCCUGGGGCAGUGGGCCAUCGGCUACGUAAGCUCAGAUGGCAGCAUCUUGCAGACCAUCCCUGCCAACAAACCCCUGUCCCAGGUGCUCCUGAAGGGACAAAAGGACGGCUUCUACCUCUACCCAGAUGGAAAGAAUCACAACCCAGACCUGACUGAGCUCUGCCAGGCAGAACCCCAGCAGCGCAUCCACGUGUCAGAGGAGCAGCUGCAGCUCUACUGGGCCAUGGACUCCACAUUUGAGCUCUGCAAGAUCUGUGCUGAGAGCAACAAGGAUGUGAAGAUCGAGCCAUGUGGACAUCUGCUCUGUAGCCGCUGCCUGGCUUCCUGGCAGCACUCAGACAGCCAGACCUGCCCCUUCUGCCGCUGCGAGAUCAAGGGCCGGGAGGCCGUGAGUAUCUACCAAUUCCAUGGCCAGGCUACUGCUGAGGACUCAGGAGACAGCAGUCACCAGGAAGGCAGGAAGCUGGGGCUGGGGCAGGCACCUGUGGCCUUCCCCAGACUUCGGGCCCCUCUUCCCUUGCCAAGAAUUAAGACUGUGGCCUCAGCCCCACCAGAAGCCACCUCCAGCCCCCAGGCCAGGGAAGGGGCUACAGAGUCCCAGAUAAAGGGGACAGGGAAGAGGAGAAGCAGGAAAGGCUGGAUGCCGAGACUCAACCACCCUCUCAAAUGCUCUCCAUUGCAGAAACUUCUAAAGGGGAACUCCCCUCCAGCUGCCCUGGGAGCCCAGGACCCUGCCCCCGCCUGAGGCAGGGCCCUGAGAUGUGCUGCUAACGGGAACCCCAGGGUCUGGAAGGGGGUGGUGAAUAGGAAAUAAACUGCCAAGCCUGCUCUGUC